GUGGAGGAAGUGGCCCAUGUGAUUAAAGCGAAGCCGAUGCCCCACCCAGGGGUGCCCUUCAAACCCAAAGCCACAGAGCCAAGGCUGGUGGAAACCUGCCCGUUCUCAUUUGACGCCCGGGACAAGGAGCGGCUACUUCAGAAAGAAAAAAAAAUCGAAGAGCUGCAGAAGGAGGAGGUGCCCAAGUUCAAAGCCCACCCGCUGCCCCAGUUUGACCACAUCAAUCUGCCCGAGAAGAAGGUGAAGAGCCCCACAAAGCCAGAACCUUUCCAACUAGCCAUCGAUGCCCGUGGAGCUGUCCGGCAGGAGAUGUGGCAGCAGCAG